AUGUCUGAAGAAACUACGACUGAUGCGGCCAAGAAUAUGGCUGUUCAGUUGAUUAACGAGGAUAAAGAAUUCUCUCAAGUGUUACCAGUUUAUUUUAAGGAUUGUUUAGGAGAUAGAGACAUCGAUCAAAACUACCAUGUUAUCUCUGUAUUCGGUUCUCAAUCAAGUGGUAAAUCUACACUAUUAAACCUUUUAUUUAAUACUAGUUUUGAUACAAUGGAUGCUCACGAAAAGAGACAACAAACUACAAAGGGUAUCUGGCUUUCUCAUACACAAGCUGUAAACACAAAUAAAGGUUCUCAUAGUAAUCCUGGAUCUGAUAUAUUUAUUUUGGAUGUGGAAGGUUCAGAUGGUGCCGAGCGUGGUGAGGAUCAAGAUUUUGAAAGGAAAGCUGCCUUAUUUGCUAUUGCAGUCUCUGAAGUUAUGAUUAUCAACUUAUGGGAACAACAGAUUGGUUUAUAUCAAGGUAAUAAUAUGGGACUAUUGAAAACUGUCUUUGAGGUCAAUUUAUCUCUCUUUGGGAAGAAUUCCAAACAAACAGAUUCAUCUUCACAAUCUCACCAACACAAGAUGUUAUUAUUGUUUGUGAUUAGGGAUCAUAUCGGUGUGACUCCAUUAGAGAGUUUAAGUUCUACUUUAACAAGUGAAUUAGAAAACAUAUGGAAAGAUUUAAGUAAACCUGCCAGCUGUCAAAAUUCCACAAUUUAUGAUUUUUUUGAUUUAAAAUUUGUUGGUUUAAGUCACAAGAUUCUAAGGGCCGAUAAAUUCUUAGAGGAUGUUAAGACUCUGGGAGAUAACUUCUCAACUAAAGAAAAUAAUGAGGAAUAUUUGUUUAAAUCAGAGUACCACCACAUGCUACCACUUGAUGGUUGGAGUAUGUACUCUGAAAAUUGUUGGGAUCAAAUUGAAAAUAAUAAGGACUUAGAUCUACCAACACAACAAAUCCUUGUUGCAAGGUUUAAGACCGAUGAGAUCAUGAAUGAAACAUUAGCCAAAUAUUUUGAAAAUUAUGACUCUAACGUAAAACCAUUGAUAUUAGAAAACAAUAAAGAUGCUUUGAUUGAAUUAUUGGUCUCUAUAAAAAGCAACUCUACUGAUAUGUAUGAUGAUUUAGCAAGCCGUUACGCUAAACUAAUUUAUCUUGAAAAUAGGUCUAAGUUGCUUUCAAAGAUCAAUGACAAAUUCCAAGAAACCAUUGAAUUAUUUAUUCAAGGUACAUCUACAGAGUUAAUAGAUUCCUUAAAGAAAUCAUUAUCUAUAAAAGACAACGAAUCAUCGUCUUUCAACGAAAUUUUGAUUCAAAUAUCACAGGAUAUCACCACAAGCUUUCAUGAGUUCAUCGAUAGCUUUAAAGAGAAAGAUCUGAUUAAUGAAACUUCAAUCAACGAAUUGAACGCUAAGUUCAAUAAAUUCUUAAACAAGAAGCAAAAUGAACUUCGUGAUGCGCAAGUUAAGAGCAUUAUCUCCCAGUUCAAAAAGAACAUGAAUUUUGCAAUCAAGGAUAAUGUAAUCUCAUAUCUGGCUAACCCAUCUGAUGACGUUUGGGAUAAAGUUAUGACCUUCUUUAAAAGAUCAAUAGAUGAAUUGUUAACAAAAUUCGAAACAAAAUCUGAUGAAGGUAAGAAAAUGUAUGACUUCCAAGUUGGGUUUACCGUAGAAUUAAAUGACACGAUUUACAAAAGGUUAAGUUAUAUAGCAUGGUCUUUAUUAAAUGUUACCGUUCAUGAUUAUUUGAAAGAAGAUACUGUCAUUGGAAUACUUAGGGAAAAAUUUGAAAAUUCCUUCAGGUAUGAUGAGAAUGACACCCCAAUCCUUUGGAAGGAUGAGAACCAGAUCGAUAAUGCUUUCAAACUUGCUAAAGAAAAGGCUUUGGAUAUUUUUGGAGUUUUAUGCAUUGCCAAAACUACUGAUAAUAUAGAAAUUAUACCGGAUAUCAGGGUUGAAGAUGUAGAAAUUGAAGACGAUCUAGGAAUUUAUCACUUAGAGAGAUUUGCUCACAUCAUAAACGAAAUUCAAAAGGAGAAAAUCUUGAGACAAUUUAGAAGACAAAUUAACUUAAGUGUCCUUGAUGCAAAGAGAUCAAUGAUUACUACUACUACGCAUAUUCCAAUUUGGGUCUAUGCUUUACUGGUAGUUCUUGGUUGGAACGAAUUUAUGAUGAUCCUGAGAAACCCAUUACUAAUCACGUUACUGUUGUUAGGUGUGGUAAGUGCAUAUUUUGUUAAUAAAUUCGACCUUUGGGGACCUGUAUUAAACGUUGUCAAUAGUGCGAUAGGAGAAACAAGAUCUACAAUUAAGGAUAAACUGAGAACGUUUGUGCUUGAAGAAGGUGAAUUAGAUCAAAGAAAUGCAAAGCAGACUCCAGAGGAAUAUGAAAUGGAUGAUUUUGAAGGAAAAGACAAGGUCGUUAUAGAUGAAAAAAAAGACAUUAAUGAACAGUAG